GGGGGCGGGGGGCUGCAAACAUGCUAGCUUACCACUCUUCUCUCGUGGAUCCUGACUCCAAACUCAUUGGAAACACGGCACUGUUGCCUAUCAGAAGUCAGUUCAAAGGACGCGCGCCUAGAGAGACAAAAGAUAUAGACAUUGUGGAUGAAGCCAUCUAUUACCUCAAGGCCAGUGUCUUCUUCAAAAACUAUGAAAUUAAGAAUGAAGCUGAUAGAACCUUGAUAUACAUAACACUCUACAUUUCUCAGUUUCUAAAGAAACUCCAAAAGUGUAACUUCAAAAGCCAAGGUGAGAAAGAAAUGUAUACACUGGGAACCACUAAUUUUCCCAUUCCUGGAGAACCUGGUUUUCCAUGUAAUGGAAUUUAUGCCAAACCUGCAAACAAACAGGAAGAUGAAAUGAUGAGGGCCUGUUUACAGCAGCUAAGACAAGAGACUGGUCUGAGACAUUGUGAGAAAGUUUUGACCCUCAGAAUGAUAAACCCAGCAAGUGGUGGACCUGCUUUGGGAAGAGACAGUUCAUGAACAAGAGUCUUUCAGGACCUGGACAGUAAAGGGAGCCUGGGCAGACGCUGUCUCCACAGCCGAGGGCUGCAUUUUCCAGCAAGAUAUAGAUGUACACGGUUCUUUGCCUUUAUUUCAUGAAGUUUAUACAGAAGAUAGAAGAGCACAAGUCUUUACUUGAAAAGUUCAUUAUCAAGAAUUUGAGGGGGAGUGGAAUAAUAAGUUGUCAAAGGGUGACUUGAAAUUUUCUGUAGUAUUAAACUGGUGCUUAAUAAAUAAUAAUAAAGAAAUUUUUAACAUUUAA